ACUCUGCUCAGCCCAGAGGAGCAGCCACACAGAAAAAAAAGUUUAAAUCAACUCAGAGGAGAGGAGGGAGGGAGGAGAGAGGGGGCAGAAAACGCCCUGGAAACUUUGUUGAUCAAGAAAUAGGAAAACAGUGACAGAAUCCUCACAGACAGCUAAGUUGUGAGUGGAAGAAGUGCUCUUUCUUGGGCUGAGGAGAAGGAGAGUGGACACGUUUUCAAGGAUGCUCAAGCUGGUGUGAGGCUUCUUGGGCGCACCGACUGCGCACAGAAGUCAGAGAAAUAAAGAACCACAGCAUCAGACUGAAGCCGCUGGCUUCGCUUGAGCAAUCCAAGGAAAACCAUUAUUGAGGUUCCAUCGCACUUGAGCUUAAAUAAAGGAAAAUAAAGAAAAAAAAAGAUGGCUGAAGAAGAGGAAACCAGGGAGGUGCUCUUUCCAGAUUGGGAGGGUCCAGACAAAACAGGUUUGACAAUUGAACAGACAACUGAUGGAGAGCUUUUUGUUAAAGAAGUGAAAGGAGAGUCACCUGCAGCAAGGUCUGGAAAAGUAUAUGAAGGUGACCAGAUUGUGGGCGCUACUGUCUACUUUGACAACAUGAGUUCAGAAGAAACAGCUGAGCUACUGAAGACAUUGAAUCGUCACAAGGUUGGACUGAAACUACAAAACAAAGGAGACAAAUCACCCUGCUGCUCACCCUUGAGCACACCAUGUCGUUCACCAAUGGGCACACUGACAUGGGAAGGGAAGACUCGCUUUGGGGGUUCAAGUCCAGAUAUCAUUCUGGGUGCAGAUGAUGAGGACUACAAGAGAAUUUACACAAAAAAGAUUAAACCAAGGCUGAAGUCUGAAGAUCUCGCAGAGGGUGUGGAUGUUCGCACAGAGCGUCACAGCAGCACAAGCAGUGAUGGCAGCACAGUUACCACCAUCACCCGUCGCAUCACCACCUACACUGUGGAUAUGCCAAGUGGCAUAAGUGAGCAACUUGAACUUUCAAGCCCAGAGUUUAAGGGGCUAAGGCUUGAAUCUGGUGAUGUCUCUCCUCAUAUCAGAAUCUCACAUGGCAGUCAUUCAGGUAAAGUGGAAGCAGAAGGGGGAGUUUUUGAGUCAAGUGACGUCUCUCACCCUGGGAAAUCAGUUAGCUCUGUAGAGACACGUUUCACCAGUGGGGGAGUUAAAACCACAACAAUAACAAGAGAAGAAGAAAGAGAAAAGGGUGCGGGACUAAGAUUUAAAGGGUCUAGCUUUGGAGUCACAGAGGGUAAAGGCCAAGGAGGUUUUGAGAUCUCAAGAGGGAAUGGAGAGAAAGGUGAAGGAAUAAUUCGUUUGUCAGAUACAAGCAUGACACUAGGUGGCAGCUCAGACACUGGUAGUAGCCAGUUGGGGGUGAGGGGAGAUGAAGGGUUUUCCUCAGUUGAUGAGAACGGAGGACCAGUUAGUGUGGUUCUGCCAGGAAAAAGCUUGCAGAUUACACCAGGGGAAGAUAAAGACAAAGGUUUAGGUGAGAGGACAAAAGUUAAAGUGUCUGAAAUUACCAUCACCCAUCCGAGGGCAAAGGCAUCAGACACUGAAAAUCAGAAUGUUACACUUGGUGGGGGUUCAACAGGAAUGGACACUGAUUUGAGAGGUGGUAGAAAAGGAGGAACAGUUAUAACAGUGGGCAAUGUUACCUCAGGGUAUUCCUCUACCCCAGGCAAGAUUUCAGUUGGUGGUGUGGAUAGCAACCUUACUGGUUCAAGGUCAAGGGGUGAGGUUAAUAUCAACCUGCUAGGCACAAAGCAAGGAAUCCAAGCAUCUGGAAUAGACACUGCAGUCUCAAGUAAUGCAACGAAGAUUCAAACAAAAGCACAAGAGAGAACUGAAGCAGAAAUUGAUGUCAAAGGUCGGACAAACGGGGGGGCUGAAAUGUCAAAACUGCGAGUAGCAUCACCUUCUCUAAAGCUUGUAGGUGCAGACGUGGAUGUUAACCUUCCUAAAAAUGAAAGCAAUAUAAAAAUUGCUGAACUUGAUCUGAAAGGUCCAGUAAUUGGUGCAGAGUUCCCAGCUGCAAAGUUCAAAAGACCAAAAUCGCAAGGACAGAAAAUGGAGGGUGAAAUGGAAAUUUCAAUUGAAAAUAAUGAAGGCAGUAUGAAAGUUCCUGGAAACAUUUAUGAUGUGGAUGUGUCACUACAUAAGAAAAAUGGAAACAAAGGACCACAAUUAAGCAUGCCAUCAAUUUCCGAACCCAAAAUCUCCUUGCCAAGUAUGGACGUCAAUCUGAAAGGGCCAGAACUCAAAGGUGAUGUGGAUGUGUCACUUACAAAGGUCGAGGGUGAAAUAAAAGGUCCAAAGGUGGCUAUUGAAGGCCCUGAUGUGGACAUCAAAGGAACUGAUGGCAAAUUCAAACGACCCAAAUUCAGCCUCCCCAAAGUCUCUGGACACGAGAUCUCCAGGCCAGAUAAAAAUGUCGAUCUGAAAGGGCCCAAAAUCAAAGGUGAUGUUGAUGUGUCAGUUCCAAAGGUCGAGGGUGACAUAACAGGUUCAAAGGUGAAUAUAAAAGGUCCAAAGGUGGACAUUGAAGGCCCCAAUGUAGACUUUGAAGGGCCCAAUGCCAAAUUAAAAGGACCAAAAUUGAACAUGCCAAGAGUUUCUGAACCCAAAAUCUCCAUGCCCAGUAUGGAAGUCAAUCUGAAAGGGCCCAAACUCAAAGGUGAUGUGGAUGUGUUGGUUCCAAAGGUCGAGGGUGAAAUAAAAGGUCCAAAGGUGGAUAUUGAAGGCCCUGAGGUGGACAUCAAAGGACCUGAUGGCAAAUUCAAACGACCAAAAUUCAGUCUCCCAAAAGUCUCUGGACCCGAAAUCUCCAUGCCAGAUAUGGAUGUCAAUCUGAAAGGGCCAAAAAUCAAAGGUGAUGUUGGUGUGUCAGUUCCAAAGGUCGAGGGUGACAUAACAGGUCCAAAGAUGAACAUUGAAGGAUCUGAUGGGAAAUUCAAAGGACCCAAAUUCAACAUGCCAAACAUUUCCGUACCCAAUAUCUCCGUGCCAAGUAUGGAUUUAGAUCUGAAAGGGCCCAAACUCAAAGGUGAUGAUGAUGUGUCAGUGCCAAAGAUUCGAGGAGAUGUAAAAGCACCUGAAGUUGACAUAAAAGGUCCACAUGUUGAUAUUAAAGGUCCCAAUGGUGGAUUUGAAUUGCCAAAGAUGAAAUUACCAACAUUUGGAAUUAAAGGUCCAAAAGUGGAGGGUCCAGAUGUUGAUGUAAACCUUCCUAAAGGAAACAUUGACAUUGAAGGCCCUAACAUGGACAAUGAAGGACCUGAUGGCAAAUUCAAAGGACCCCAAAUCAACCUACCAACAAUUUCUGGACCCAAAAUCUCCAUGCCAAGUAUGGAUUUAAAUCUGAAAGGGCCCAAACUCAAAGGUGAUAUAAAAGCACCUGAAGUUGACAUAGAAGGUCCAGAUAUCGACAUUAAGGGAUCCAAAGGUGGAUUUAAUAUGCCAAAGAUUAACCUACCCAAAUUUGGCUUGAAAGGUCCAAAUGUGGAGGGUCCAGAUGUUGAUGUAAAACUUCCUAAAGGAAAAAUUGACAUUGAAGGCCCUGAGGUGGACAUUGAAGGACCUGAUGGCAAAUUCAAAGGACCAAAAUUCAGCUUGCCAAAAUUUUCUGGACCGGACAUCUCCUUGCCAAGUAUGGAUUUAAAUCUGAAAGGGCCCAGUCUCAAAGGUGAUGCAGAUGUGUCACUUCCAAGGGUCGAAGGUGAAAUAAAAGGUCCAAAGAUGGAUAUUGAAGGACCUGAUGUUGACAUUGAAGGCACAAAAGGAUCAUUCAAAAUGCCCAAAAUCAGAAUGCCAUCAUUUGGGUUGGGUGGUCCAAAGUUGGAGGGUCCAGAUGUUGAUGUAAACCUCCCUAAAGCUGAUAUUGACAUCAAAGCACCAGAGUUGGACAUUGAGGGACCAGAUGUUGACAUUGAGAGUCCAAGUGGAAAAAUCAAAGGACACAAAUUCAAAAUGCCAAACAUUUCUGGACCGAACAUCUCCAUGCCAGAUGUGGAUUUCAAUCUGAAAGGUUCCAAACUGAAAGGUGAUGUGGAUGUGUCAUUGCCAAAGAUUGAAGGAGAUACAAAAGCACCUAAUGUUGAAAUAGAAGGUCAUGGCAUCGACAUUAAGGGAUCCAAAGGUGGAUUUAAUAUGCCAAAGAUUAACCUACCCAAAUUUGGCUCGAAAGGUCCAAAUGUGGAGGGUCCAGAUAUUGAUGUAAAACUUCCUAAAGGAAAAAUGGACAUUGAAGGCCCUGAGGUGGACAUUGAAGGACCUGAUGGCAAAAUCAAAGGACCCAAAAUCAACCUACCAACAAUUUCUGGACCCAAAAUCUCCAUGCCAAACAUGGAUUUCAAUCUGAAAGGGUCUAAACUCAAAGGUGAUAUAAAAGUACCUGAAGUUGACAUAGAAGGUCCAGAUAUCGACAUAAAGGGAUCCAAAGGUGGAUUUAAUAUGCCAAAGAUUAACCUACCCAAAUUUGGCUCGAAAGGUCCAAAUGUGGAGGGUCCAGAUGUUGAUAUAAACCUUCCUAAAGGUAACAUUGACAUUGAAUGCCCUGAGGUGGACAUUGAAGGACCUGAUGGCAAAUUCAAAGGGCCCAAAUUCAACAUGCCAAACAUUUCAGGACCCAAAAUCUCCAUGCCAAAUAUGGAUUUCAAUCUGAAAGGUUCCAAACUGAAAGGUGAUGUGGAUGUGUCAUUGCCAAAUAUUGAAGGAGAUAUAAAAGCACCUAAGGUUGACAUAGAAGGUCCAGAUAUCAACAUUGAGGGAUCAAAAGGCGGAUUUAAUAUGCCAAAGAUUAACCUACCCAAAUUUGGAUUCAAAGGUCCAAAUGUGGAGGGUCCAGAUGUUGAUGUAAACCUUCCUAAAGGAAACAUAGACAUUAAAGGCCCUGAGGUGGACAUUGAAGGACCUGAUGGCAAAUUCAAAGGACCAAAAUUCAGCUUGCCAAAAUUUUCUGGACCGGACAUCUCCUUGCCAAGUAUGGAUUUAAAUCUGAAAGGGCCCAAACUCAAAGGUGAUGCAGAUGUGUCACUUCCAAAGGUUGAGGGUGACAUACAAGGUCCAAAGAUGGAUAUUGAAGGACCUGAUGUUGACAUUGAAGGCACAAAAGGAUCAUUCAAAAUGCCCAAAAUCAAAAUGCCAAAGUUUGGGUUUGGUGGUCCAAAGUUGGAGGGUCCAGAUGUUGAUGUAAACCUCCCUAAAGCUGAUAUUGACAUCAAAGCACCAGAGUUGGAUAUAGAAGGACCAGAUGUUGACAUUGAGAGUCCAAGUGGAAAAAUCAAAGGACCCAAAUUCAAAAUGCCAAACAUUUCUGGACCGAACAUCUCAAUGCCAGAUGUGGAUUUCAAUCUGAAAGGUUCCAAACUGAAAGGUGAUGUGGAUGUGUCAUUGCCAAAGAUUAAAGGAGAUAUAAAAGGGCCUAAAGUUAACAUAGAAGAUCCAGAGCUGGACAUUGAAGGACCUGAUGGCAAAUUCAAAGGGCCCAAAUUCAGCAUGCCAAACAUUUCAGGACCCAAAAUCUCCAUGCCAAAUAUUGGUUUCAAUGUGAAAGGUCCAAAAUUCGGAGGUGAUGUGGAUGUGUCAUUGCCAAAGAUUGAAGGAGAUAUAAAAGCACCUAAAGUUGACAUAGAAGGUCCAGAUAUCGACAUUGAGGGAUCCAAAGGUGGAUUUAAUAUGCCAAAGAUUAACCUACCCAAAUUUGGUUUCAAAGGUCCAAAUGUGGAGGGUCCAGAUGUUGAUGUAAACCUUCCUAAAGGAAACAUUGACAUUGAAGGCCCUGAGGUGGACAUUGAAGGACCUGAUGGCAAAUUCAAAGGACCAAAAUUCAGCUUGCCAAAAUUUUCUGGACCGGACAUCUCCUUGCCAAGUAUGGAUUUAAAUCUGAAAGGGCCCAAACUCAAAGGUGAUGCAGAUGUGUCACUUCCAAAGGUUGAGGGUGACAUAAAAGGUCCAAAGAUUGAUAUUGAAGGACCUGAUGUUGACAUUGAAGGCACAAAAGGAUCAUUCAAAAUGCCCAAAAUCAAAAUGCCAAAGUUUGGGUUUGGUGGUCCAAAGUUGGAGGGUCCAGAUGUUGAUGUAAACCUCCCUAAAGCUGAUAUUGACAUCAAAGCACCAGAGUUGGACAUUGAGGGACCAGAUGUUGACAUUGAGAGUCCAAGUGGAAAAAUCAAAGGACACAAAUUCAAAAUGCCAAACAUUUCUGGACCGAACAUCUCCAUGCCAGAUGUGGAUUUCAAUCUGAAAGGUUCCAAACUGAAAGGUGAUGUGGAUGUGUCAUUGCCAAGGAUUAAAGGAGAUAUCAAAGGGCCUAAAGUUAACAUAGAAGAUCCAGAGCUGGACAUUGAAGGACCUGAUGGCAAAUUCAAAGGGCCCAAAUUCAGCAUGCCAAACAUUUCAGGACCCAAAAUCUCCAUGCCAAAUAUUGGUUUCAAUGUGAAAGGUCCAAAAUUCGGAGGUGAUGUGGAUAUGUCAUUGCCAAAGAUUGAAGGAGAUAUAAAAGCACCUAAAGUUGACAUAGAAGGUCCAGAUAUCGACAUUGAGGGAUCCAAAGGUGGAUUUAAUAUGCCAAAGAUUAACCUGCCCAAAUUUGGCUUCAAAGGUCCAAAUGUGGAGGGUCCAAAUGUUGAUGUAAACCUUCCUAAAGGAAACAUUGACAUUAAAGGCCCCGAGGUGGACAUUGAAGGACCUGAUGGCAAAUUCAAAGGACCAAAAUUCAGCUUGCCAAAAUUUUCUGGACCGGACAUCUCCUUGCCAAGUAUGGAUUUAAAUCUGAAAGGGCCCAAACUCAAAGGUGAUGCAGAUGUGUCACUUCCAAAGGUUGAGGGUGACAUAAAAGGUCCAAAGAUGGAUAUUGAAGGACCUGAUGUUGACAUUGAAGGCACAAAAGGAUCAUUCAAAAUGCCCAAAAUCAAAAUGCCAAAGUUUGGGUUUGGUGGUCCAAAGUUGGAGGGUCCAGAUGUUGAUGUAAACCUCCCUAAAGCUGAUAUUGACAUCAAAGCACCAGAGUUGGAUAUAGAAGGACCAGAUGUUGACAUUGAGAGUCCAAGUGGAAAAAUCAAAGGACACAAAUUCAAAAUGCCAAACAUUUCUGGACCGAACAUCUCCAUGCCAGAUGUGGAUUUCAAUCUGAAAGGUUCCAAACUGAAAGGUGAUGUGGAUGUGUCAUUGCCAAAGAUUAAAGGAGAUAUAAAAGUGCCUAAAGUUGACAUAGAAGGUCCAGAGCUGGACAUUGAAGGACCUGAUGGCAAAUUCAAAGGGCCCAAAUUCAGCAUGCCAAACAUUUCCGGACCCAAAAUCUCUAUGCCAAAUAUGGGUUUCAAUGUGAAAGGUCCAAAAUUCGGAGGUGAUGUGGAUGUGUCAUUGCCAGAGAUUGAAGGAGAUAUAAAAGCACCUAAAGUUGACAUAGCAGGUCCAGACAUCGACAUUGAGGGAUCCAAAGGUGGAUUUAAUAUGCCAAAGAUUAACCUACCCAAAUUUGGCUUCAAAGGUCCAAAUGUGGAGGGUCCAGAUGUUGAUGUAAACCUUCCUAAAGGAAACAUUGACAUUGAAGGACCUGAAGUGGACAUUGAAGGACCUGAUGGCAAAUUCAAAGGACCCAAAUUCAGCCUGCCAAAAUUUUCUGGACCAGACAUCUCCUUGCCAAGUAUGGAUUUAAAUCUGAAAGGGCCCAAACUCAAAGGUGAUGCGGAUGUGUCACUUCCAAAGGUCGAAGGUGAAAUAAAAGGUCCAAAGAUGGAUAUUGAAGGACCUGAUGUUGACAUUGAAGGCACAAAAGGAUCAUUCAAAAUGCCCAAAAUCAGAAUGCCAUCAUUUGGGUUGGGUGGUCCAAAGUUGGAGGGUCCAGAUGUUGAUGUAAACCUCCCUAAAGCUGAUAUUGACAUCAAAGCACCAGAGUGGGACAUUGAAGGACCAGAUGUUGACAUUGCAAGUCCAAGUGGAAAAAUCAAAGGACCCAAAUUCAAAAUGCCAAACAUUUCUGGACCGAACAUCUCAAUGCCAGAUGUUGAUUUCAAUCUGAAAGGGCCCAAACUGAAAGGUGAUGUGGAUGUGUCAUUGCCAAAGAUUGAAGGAGAUAUAAAAGCACCUGAAGUUGACAUGAAAGGACCACAUGUUGAUAUUAAAGGUCCCAAAGGUGGAUUUGAAUUGCCAAAGAUCAAAAUGCCAGGAUUUGGCUUUAAAGGAUCAAAGUUGGAGGGUCCAGAUGUUGAUGUAAACCUUCCUAAAGGAAACAUUGAUAUAAAAUGCCCGGAUGUGGACAUUGAAGGACCGGAUGUUGACUUUGAGAGUCCAAGUGGAAAAAUCAAAUUACCUAAAUUCCAAAUGCCCCAAAUCUCUGGGCCCAACAUCUCCAUGCCAGAUGUUGAUUUCAAACUGAAAGGUACCAAAGGUGAGGGAGACAUUACAAUACCUGACAUUGAUGUGAAAGGCCCUAAUGCUGAUCUAGAGUUUUCCAAAGGACAGAUUAGUGGGCCAAAGAUGAAACUACCUAAAGUGUCGGGACCAAAAAUAUCCUUGCCAGAUGUUGACAUCAAUCUGAAGGGGACAAAAUUAAAGGGUGACAUAAAAGAAGAUGUUCAAAUGCCAAAAGCUGAACUUAAAGGACCAGAAGCUGACAUUGAUGUAUCAGGGAUUGGCAUUAAGAAAACAAAGUUCAAAAUGCCAAAAUUUGGAUUUAGGGGGCACAAGGGAAAGGUCCCAGAAGCUGACUUAAAAAUUGGAAAAGGAGAUCUAAACAUCACAGGACCAACUGGUGGAUCUAAAGAUCUGAAUAUCGACAUGGAAAUGAGUAGUCCAAAGAGCAAAGGAUCAAAAUUCAAAAUGCCAAAAUUUGGUUUUAAAACAUCAAAGGUUGAAAUGCCAAAUGUUGAUAUUAACCUCCCUAAAGCUGAUAUUGACAUCAAAGCACCAGAGUUGGACUUAAAAGGACCAGACUUUGACAUUGAGAGUCCAAGUGGAAAGAUCAAAGGACCCAAAUUCAAAAUGCCAAACAUUUCUGGACCCAACAUCUCCAUGCCAGAUGUUGAUUUCAAUCUGAGAGGGCCCAAACUCAAAGGUGAUGUGGAUGUGUCAUUGCCAAAGAUUGAAGGAGAUAUAAAAGCACCUGAAGUUGACAUAGAAGGUCCAGAUAUGGACAUUAAGGGAUCCAAAGUUGGAUUUGAUAUGCCGAAGAUUAAACUACCCAAAUUUGGCUUGAAAGGUCCACAAGUGGAGGGUCCAGAUGUUGAUGUAAACCUUCCUAAAGGAAACAUUGAAAUUGAAGGACCUGAGGUGGACAUUGAAGGACCUGAUGGCAAAUUCAAAGGACCCAAAUUCAACAUGCCAAAAAUUUCUGGACCCAAAAUCUCUAUGCCAGAUGUUGAUUUCAAUCUGAAAGGGCCCAAAUUCGGAGGUGAUGUGGAUGUGUCAUUGCCAAAGAUUGAAGGAGAUAUAAAAGCACCUGAAGUUGACAUAGAAGGUCCAGAUAUCAACAUUAAGGGAUCCAAAGGUGGAUUUAAUAUGCCAAAGAUUAAAAUGCCAGAAUUUGGCUUCAAAGGUCCAAAAGUGGAGGGUCCAGAUGUUGAUAUAAACCUUCCUAAAGGAAACAUUGACAUUGAAGGACCUGAGGUUGACAUUUUAGGACCUGAUGGCAAAUUCAAAGGACCCAAAUUCAGCCUGCCAAAAAUUUCUGGACCCAAAAUCUCUAUGCCAGAAGUUGAUUUCAAUCUCAAAGGGCCAAAAUUCGGAGGUGACGUGGAUGUGUCAUUGCCAAAGGUUGAGGGUGAUAUAAAAGCACCUGAAGUUGACAUAGAAGGUCCAGAUAUCAACAUUAAGGGAUCCAAAGGUGGAUUUAAUAUGCCAAAAGUUAAAAUGCCAGAAUUUGGCUUCAAAGGUCCAAAAGUGGAGGGUCCAGAUGUUGAUGUAAACCUUCCUAAAGGAAACAUUGACAUUGAAGGUCCUGAGGUGGACAUUGAAGGACCUGAUGGCAAAUUCAAAGGACCCAAAUUCAGCAUGCCAAACAUUUCAGUACCCAAAAUCUCCAUGCCAAAUAUGGGUUUCAAUGUGAAAGGUCCAAAAUUCGGAGGUGAUGUGGAUGUGUCAUUGCCAAAGAUUGAAGGAGAUGUAAAAGCACCUAAAAUUGACAUAGAAGGUCCAGAUAUCGACAUCGAGGGAUCCAAAGGUGGAUUUAAUAUGCCAAAGAUUAACCUACCCAAAUUUGGCUUCAAAGGUCCGAAUGUGGAGGGUCCAGAUGUUGAUGUAAACCUUCCUAAAGGAAAGAUUGACAUUGAAGGCCCUGAGGUGGACAUUGAAGGACCUGAUGGCAAAUUCAAAGGACCCAAAUUCAGCCUGCCAAAAUUUUCUGGACCAGACAUGUCCUUGCCAAGUAUGGAUUUCAAUCUGAGGGGACCCAAACUCAAAGGUGAUGCGGAUGUAUCACUUCCAAAGGUUGAGGGCGACAUAAAAGGUCCAAAGAUGGAUAUUGAAGGACCUGAUGUUGACAUUGAAGGCACAAAAGGAUCAUUCAAAAUGCCCAAAUUCAAAAUGCCAAAGUUUGGGUUGGGUGGACCAAAUGUGGAGGGUCCAGAUGUUGAUGUAAACCUUCCUAAAGGAAACAUUGACAUUGAAGGACCUCAGGUGGACAUUGAAGGACCUGAUGGCAAAUUCAAAGGACCCAAAUUCAACAUGCCAAAAAUUUCUGGACCCAAAAUCUCUAUGCCAGAUGUUGAUUUCAAUCUGAGAGGGCCCAAAUUUGGAGGUGAUGUGGAUGUGUCACUUCCACAGGUUGAGGGUGAUAUAAAAGCACCUGAAGUUGACAUAGAAGGUCCAGAUAUCAACAUUAAGGGAUCCAAAGGUGGAUUUAAUAUGCCAAAGAUUAAAAUGCCAGAAUUUGGCUUCAGAGGUCCAAAAGUGGAGGGUCCAGAUGUUGAUGUAAACCUUCCUAAAGGAAACAUUGACAUUGAAGGACCUGAGGUUGACAUUGAAGGACCUGAUGGCAAAUUCAAAGGACCCAAAUUCAACAUGCCAAAAAUUUCCGGACCCAAAAUCACUAUGCCAGAUGUUGAUUUCAAUCUGAAAGGGCCCAAAUUUGGAGGUGAUGUGGAUGUGUCAUUGCCAAAGAUUGAAGGAGAUAUAAAAGCACCUGAAGUUGACAUAGAAGGUCCAGAUAUCAACAUUAAGGGAUCCAAAGGUGGAUUUAAUAUGCCAAAGAUAAAAAUGCCAGAAUUUGGCUUCAAAGGUCCAAAAGUUGAGGGUCCAGAUGUUGAUGUAAACCUCCCUAAAGGAAACAUUGACAUUGAAGGCCCUGAGGUGGACAUUGAAGGACCUGAUGGCAAAUUCAAAGGACCCAAAUUCAACCUACCAACAAUUUCUGGACCUAAACUCUCCAUGCCAAACAUUGAUUUUAAUCUGAGAGGGCCCAAACUAAAAGGUGAUGCGGAUUUGUCACUUCCAAAGGUUGAGGGUGACAUAAAAGGUCCAAAGAUGGAUAUUGAAGGACCUGAUGUUGACAUUGAAGGCACAAAAGGAUCACUCAAAAUGCCCAAAAUCAAAAUGCCAUCUUUUGGAAUGAAAGGUCCAAAUUUGGAGGGUCCAGACGUUGAUGUAAAGCUUCCUAAAGGAAACAUUGACAUUGAAGGCCCUGAGGUGGACAUUGAAGGACCUGAUGGCAAAUUCAGAGGACCAAAAUUCAGCCUGCCCCAAAUUUCUGGACCAGACAUGUCCUUGCCAAGUAUGGAUUUCAAACUGAGAGGGCCCAAACUCAAAGGUGAUGCGGAUGUGUCACUUCCAAAGGUUGAAGGUGAAAUAAAGGGUCCAAAGAUUGAUAUUGAAGGACCUGAUGUUGACAUUGAAGGCACAAAAGGGUCACUCAAAAUGCCCAAAUUCAAAAUGCCAAAGUUUGGGUUGAGUGGUCCAAAGGUGGAGGGCCCAGAUGUUGAUGUAAACCUCCCAAAAGCUGAUAUUGACAUCAGAGCACCAAAGUUGGACGUAAAAGGACCAGACUUUGACAUUGAGAGUCCAAGUGGAAAAAUCAAAGGACCCAAAUUCAAAAUGCCAAACAUUUCUGGACCCAACAUCUCCAUGCCAGAUGUGGAUUUCAAUCUGAAAGGUUCCAAACUGAAAGGUGAUGUGGAUGUGUCAUUGCCAAAGAUUAAAGGAGAUAUAAAAGCACCUGAAGUUGACAUAGAAGGUCCAGAUAUCAACAUUAAGGGAUCCAAAGGUGGAUUUAAUAUGCCAAAGAUUAACCUACCCAAAUUUGGCUUCAAAGGUCCGCAUGUGGAGGGUCCAGAUGUUGAUGUAAACCUUCCUAAAGGAAACAUUGACAUUGAAGGACCUGAAGUGGACAUUGAAGGACCUGAUGGCAAAUUCAAAGGACCCAAAUUCAGCCUGCCAAAAUUUUCUGGACCGGACAUCUCCUUGCCAAGUAUGGAUUUAAAUCUGAGAGGGCCCAAACUCAAAGGUGAUGCGGAUGUAUCACUUCCAAAGGUUGAAGGUGAAAUAAAGGGUCCAAAAAUUGAUAUUGAAGGACCUGAUGUUGACAUUGAAGGCACAAAAGGAUCACUCAAAAUGCCCAAAAUCAAAAUGCCAUCUUUUGGAAUUAAAGGUCCAAAUGUGGAGGGUCCAGAUGUUGAUCUAAACCUUCCUAAAGGAAACAUUGACAUUGAAGGACCUGAUGUGGACAUUGAAGGACCUGAUGGCAAAUUCAAAGGACCCAAAUUCAACAUGCCAAAAAUUUCUGGACCCAAAAUCUCUAUGCCAGAUUUGGGUUUCAAUCUGAAAGGGCCAAAAUUCGGAGGUGAUGUGGAUGUGUCAUUGCCAAAGAUUGAAGGAGAUAUAAAAGCACCUGAAGUUGACAUAGAAGGUCCAGAUAUCAACAUUAAGGGAUCCAAAGGUGGAUUUAAUAUGCCAAAGAUUAAAAUGCCAGAAUUUGGCUUCAAGGGUCCAAAAGUGGAGGGUCCAGAUGUUGAUGUAAACAUACCUAAAGCUGAUAUUGACAUGAAAGCAGCAACGUUGGAUAUAAAAGGACCAGACUUUGACAUAGAGAGUCCAAGUGGAAAAAUCAAAGGACCCAAAUUCAAAAUGCCAUCAAUUUCAGGGCACAAGAUCUCAAUGCCAGACGUAGAUUUCCAUCUUAAAGGUCCAAAACUUGAAGGUGAUGUGGAUAUGUCAUUGCCAAAGAUUAAAGGAGAUAUAAAAGCACCUGAAGUUGACAUAGAAGGUCCAGAUAUCAACAUUAAGGGAUCCAAAGGUGGAUUUAAUAUGCCAAAGAUAAAAAUGCCAGAAUUUGGCUUCAAAGGUCCAAAAGUUGAGGGUCCAGAUGUUGAUGUAAACCUCCCUAAAGGAAACAUUGACAUUGAAGGCCCUGAGGUGGACAUUGAAGGACCUGAUGGCAAAUUCAAAGGACCCAAAUUCAACCUGCCCAAAAUUUCUGGACCAGACAUGUCCUUGCCAAGUAUGGAUUUCAAACUGAGAGGGCCCAAACUCAAAGGUGAUGCGGAUGUAUCACUUCCAAAGGUUGAAGGAGAAAUAAAAGGUCCAAAGAUGGAUAUUGAAGGACCUGAUGUUGACAUUGAAGGCACAAAAGGGUCACUCAAAAUGCCCAAAUUCAAAAUGCCAAAGUUUGGGUUGAGUGGUCCAAAGGUGGAUGGCCCAGAUGUUGAUGUAAACCUCCCAAAAGCUGAUAUUGACAUCAAAGCACCAAAGUUGGACAUAAAAGGACCAGACUUUGACAUUGAGAGUCCAAGUGGAAAAAUCAAAGGACCCAAAUUCAAAAUGCCAUCAAUUUCAGGGCACAAGAUCUCAAUGCCAGACGUAGAUUUCCAUCUGAAAGGUCCCAAACUUGAAGGUGAUGUGGAUAUGUCAUUGCCAAAGAUUAAAGGAGAUAUAAAAGCACCUAAAGUUGAUAUAGAAGGUGCAGAUAUCAACAUUAAGGGAUCCAAAGGUGGAUUUAAUAUGCCAAAGAUUAACCUACCCAAAUUUGGCUUCAAAGGUCCGCAUGUGGAGGGUCCAGAUGUUGAUGUAAACCUCCCUAAAGGAAACAUUGACAUUGAGGGACCUGAAGUGGACAUUGAAGGACCUGAUGGCAAAUUCAAAGGACCCAAAUUCAGCCUGCCAAAGUUUUCUGGACCAGACAUCUCCUUGCCAAGUAUGGAUUUAAAUCUGAAAGGGCCCAAUUUCAAAGGUGAUGCAGAUGUGUCACUUCCAAAGGUUGAGGGUGACAUAAAAGGUCCAAAGAUGGAUAUUGAAGGAUCUGAUUUUGACAUUGAAGGCACAAAAGGAUCACUCAAAAUGCCCAAAAUCAAAAUGCCAUCUUUUGGAAUUAAAAGUCCAAAUUUGGAGGGUCCAGAUGUUGAUCUAAACCUUCCUAAAGGAAACAUUGACAUUGAAGGACCUGAGGUGGACAUUGAAGGACCUGAUGGCAAAUUCAAAGGACCCAAAUUCAACAUGCCAAAAAUUUCUGGACCCAAAAUCUCUAUGCCAGAUUUGGGUUUCAAUCUGAAAGGGCCCAAAUUCGGAGGUGAUGUGGAUGUGUCAUUGCCAAAGAUUGAAGGAGAUAUAAAAGCACCUGAAGUUGACAUAGAAGGUCCAGAUAUCAACAUUAAGGGAUCCAAAGGUGGAUUUAAUAUGCCAAAGAUUAAAAUGCCAGAAUUUGGCUUCAAAGGUCCAAAAGUGGAGGGUCCAGAUGUUGAUGUAAACCUUCCUAAAGGAAACAUUGACAUUGAAGGCCCUGAGGUGGACAUUGAAGGACCUGAUGGCAAAUUCAAAGGACCCAAAUUCAGCCUGCCAAAAAUUUCUGGACCAGACAUGUCCUUGCCAAGUAUGGAUUUCAAUCUGAGAGGGCCCAAACUAAAAGGUGAUGUGGAUGUAUCACUUCCAAAGGUUGAGGGCGACAUAAAAGGUCCAAAGAUGGAUAUUGAAGGACCUGAUGUUGACAUUGAAGGCACAAAAGGGUCACUCAAAAUGCCCAAAUUCAAAAUGCCAAAGUUUGGGUUGAGUGGUCCAAAGGUGGAGGGCCCAGAUGUUGAUGUAAACCUCCCAAAAGCUGAUGUUGACAUCAAAGCACCAAAGUUGGACAUAAAAGGACCAGACUUUGACAUUGAGAGUCCAAGUGGAAAAAUCAAAGGACCCAAAUUCAAAAUGCCAUCAAUUUCAGGGCACAAGAUGUCUAUGCCAGACGUAGAUUUCCAUCUGAAAGGUCCAAAACUUGAAGGUGAUGUGGAUGUGUCAUUGCCAAAGAUUAAAGGAGAUAUAAAAGCACCUGAAGUUGACAUAGAAGGUCCAGAUAUCAACAUUAAGGGAUCCAAAGGCGGAUUUAAUAUGCCAAAGAUUAACCUACCCAAAUUUGGCUUCAAGGGUCCAAAUGUGGAGGGUCCAGAUGUUGAUGUAAACCUUCCUGAAGGAAACAUUGACAUUGAAGGACCUGAGCUGGACAUUGAAGGACCUGAUGGCAAAUUCAAAGGAACCAGAUUCCAAAUGCCAAAAAUUUCAGGGCCCAAAAUCUCUAUGCCAGAUUUGGGUUUCAAUGUUAAAGGUCCAAAAUUCGGAGGUGAUGUGGAUGUGUCAUUGCCAAAGAUUGAAGGAGAUAUAAAAGCACCUGAAGUUGACAUAGAAGGUCCAGAUAUCAACCUUAAGGGAUCCAAAGGUGGAUUUAAUAUGCCAAAGAUUAACCUACCCAAGUUUGGCUUGAAGGGUCCAAAUGUGGAGGGUCCAGAUGUUGAUAUAAACCUUCCUAAAGGAAAAAUUGACAUUGAAGGACCUGAAGUGGACAUUGAAGGACCUGAUGGCAAAUUCAAAGGACCCAAAUUCAACAUGCCAACAAUUUCUGGACCGGACAUCUCCUUGCCAAGUAUGGAUUUCAAACUGAGAGGACCCAAACUCAAAGGUGAUGCAGAUGUCUCACUUCCAAAGGUUGAGGGCGACAUAAAAGGUCCAAAGAUGGAUAUUGAAGGACCUGAUGUUGACAUUGAAGGCACAAAAGGAUCAUUCAAAAUGCCCAACAUCAAAAUUCCAAAGUUUGGGUUGGGUGGUCCAAAGUUGGAGGGCCCAGAUUUUGAUGUAAACCUCCCUAAAGCUGAUAUUGACAUCAAAGCACCAGAGUUGGACAUUGAAGGACCAGACUUUGACAUUGAGAGUCCAAGUGGAAAAAUCAGAGGACCCAAAUUUAACAUGCCAAAAAUUUCUGGACCCAAAAUCUCUAUGCCAGAUUUGGGUUUCAAUGUUAAAGGGCCCAAAUUCGGAGGUGAUGUGGAUGUGUCAUUGCCAAAGAUUGAAGGAGAUAUAAAAGCACCUGAAGUUGACAUAGAAGGUCCAGAUAUCAACAUUAAGGGAUCCAAAGGUGGAUUUAAUAUGCCAAAGAUUAACCUACCCAAAUUCGGCUCAAAGGGUCCAAAUGUGGAGGGUCAAGAUUUUGAUGUAAACCUUCCUAAAGGAAAAAUUGACAUUCAAGGCCCUGAGGUGGACAUUGAAGGACCUGAUGGCAAAUUCAAAGGACCAAAAUUCAGCUUGCCAAAAUUUUCUGGACCGGACAUCUCCUUGCCAAGUAUGGAUUUAAAUCUGAAAGGGCCCAAACUCAAAGGUGAUGUGGAUCUGUCACUUCCAAAGGUCGAAGGUGAAAUAAAAGGUCCAAAGAUGGAUAUUCAAGGACCUGAUGUUGACAUUGAAGGCACAAAAGGAUCACUCAAAAUGCCCAAAUUCAAACUGCCAUCGUUUGGGUUUGGUGGUUCAAAGUUGGAGGGCCCAGAUGUUGAUGUAAACAUACCUAAAGCUGAUAUUGACAUCAAAGCACCGGAGUUGGACAUAAAAGGACCAGACUUUGACAUUGCGAGUCCAAGUGGAAAAAUCAAAGGACCCAAAAUAAAAUUACCAUCAGUCUCAGGACCUCAAAUCUCUAUGCCAGAUGUUGAUUUUAAUCUGAAAGGUCCCAAACUCAAAGGUGAUGUGGAUAUGUCCCUUCCAAAAUUAGAAGGGGAUCUGAACGUUCCUAAAUCAAAUGUUACAGCACCUGAUUUUGACAUGAAGCUGAAGGGGCCUAAAAUCAAAGGAAGCAUGGACACUAAUAUUGCAGUUCCAACCAUCGUUACAGAGGGUGGGUCAGGCAAUAUCAUAAAAACAGGUGUUUCUUUUCCAAAAUUCAAAGGUCCUAAGUUUGGAAUGAAAUCCCCAGAAGUUACUUUCACUACCACUGAAGGAAGUCUGGAAGCCCCUGAAAGUGACAUCCAUGUAAAGGGAAAGAAGGGGAAGUUUAAGCUUCCCCAAGUUAAAGGAAAGCUAAAAAAGACUGAUUUUGAUGUAGCACCAUCAGCAGUAGACUUGGAUCUUGACACACCCCAUGCCCAUGGCAAAGGAACAAAGGGAAAGAAGCCUCUUUUUGGAAAGCUUCAUUUUCCUGAUGUGGAGUUAGACAUCAAAUCACCGAAAACGAAAGGUGAUGGAUCUUUAUCAGGGGGCUUGAAAACUCCUGACAUUGAUUUGCCAUCUGCUAACUUGACCACUACCACAUCAAAAGUCAGUUUGGAAGGGCCAGAUGUAAAAUUAAAGACUCCUAACAUAAAAAAUCCAACUGUGAACUUAUCUGCUCCUGAUAUUGAUGUAGAUUUGAAGACAAAAGGAGGUGCAGCAAUGUCUGGAGAUUCUAAAGGUCUAAAAGUAAAUGUACAUGGUGAUGCAGGGAUUGACACCUGUGUGUCAGGAGGCAGUGCAAUUGGUGGCCUUCAUUUCCCAGAUGGUACUGUCACGUUUCCCAAACUGAAGGUACCAAAAUUUGGUAUUGUCCUGCCUCAGAUGGAAAGGCAGCAGGGUGGAGAUAAUGUUAAUUCAGAACUUGGAGCUAGCGGAGGUAUUAACAUACAGUCUCCAUCUGUUAGCCUAGUCAGUUCACGGGAUACUGAGAUUCCCAGCCCAGAACUUAGGCAUAGUGAGGGCAAAGUAAAGGUUAAGAUGCCAAAGUUUUUUGGCAAGUCAAAAGCAAAGGGCAGUAGUGUAGGUGACCUUCGGGGACCAGAGGUAGUCUCUAAAGACCUAAGCACUGGGGAAUUGAACUUGGCACUGGAGGGUGAUACUGGGCUUAAUGUGUCAUCUAAAGGCAAGUCAGCCUCACUGGAUCUAUUUAAGAAAUCAAGGCACCGAUCUUCUUCUCUUAGUGAUGAGGAAGGGCUUGCCAGUAGUUCUCCUUCCAGUCACUUGGAGGCUGGGGGGGGUGACAUUUCAUUAGAUCUAGGAGGAGGCAAGGUCAAAGGAAAGAAAGGCAAGUUGAAGUUUGGCACUUUUGGAGGCUUUGGUUCUAAGACAAAAGGCUCAUAUGAAGUGACACUUGGGGAGGAUAGUGAGGCAAGAGUGGAAGGAAGUGCAGGAGUUUCUCUACCCUCAAAAAAGUCACGAUUGUCUUCAUCUUCAAGCAGUGAUAGUGGUUCAAAAGGUGGUUUCAGGUUCCCAAGACUUGAACUAUCUGUUUCACCCAAAAAAUGAAAAUUAGAAGAAAAAUUUAACUUUCUCAUGUACACCUGAAUACCCUCUCCUAAUUUUACAAGUUAUUUAAAUGGCAGUCCUAUAAAAAACUAAAGGGGACAUUCACAAUCGUCUCAUUCAUGUUAUCCAUGAGUAAAUCUUUCUUCAGUAAUAUAACCUGUGCAUGAGAUUGUUUAAAAUCCCUUCACAUUGUAAAUAAGAUUAAUUUGUGUUGUAAAAAUAAAUAUUGCUGUUUUUUUGUACAUAGUCCAGAUUUAUUGAAUAAAUGCCAUCUCACUUUUUAUCAAUAGUUCAAUACAGGUUUAGUCAUAUUGUCCUAUUUCAUUCUAUAAAAUGAAUAUUUUAAUGAUUGGAUGUAGUAUAUUUGAAUCGAGGGGUCUAUUGCAUAGAAGAUACGGUUAGACUUGUUCUUUUGAAGGACAACUUUUUUUAUACACCCUGAUUCACACAUACAUACAUACAUACAUACAUACAUACAUACAUACAUACAUACAUACAUACAUACAUACAUACAUACAUACAUACACUCAUACAUACACUCAUACAUUCAUACAUUCAUACAUGUGCAAGUUUUUUAUGUAUGGAAUUAUUUUAUUUUCAAGCUUUGAUAUUAUAAAACUUGUGCAGAAUCAUAUUUCAACUUAGAGCUGGCCCUUUUAUAACAAAAAUGAAAAAAUAACAUGUUGUAUUUAGCUUACCACAAUUGCAAAGACAAUCACUGUUUUAAAACUAUCAUCUUUCUGAAGUGCUGUCUGUAGUUUUUUGUUCAUUAAAAAAAACAACAAUGUUCCACUCUGAAGUUUUGUGCAGAUUGCUUAAAAAUGUGUUUGCAAAUUUAAAAAAAAAAAUGUGUUAUCUAAUCAUGUCAUUUUUGUGCUUCACUGUUUUAAUGAUCAUCUGUAUUUUAUUUCCUUAAUUUUCUGUCACACUGUCUUUGUACACACUUUCGAUAAAGCAAAAUUGUAACAAAUAAACAGUCACUUUUUUAUGUCA